CGACGCCGCGCGCGCGCGCGCGCCCGUCCCGGGGCGCAGGCGCACUCGUGGCCGCCGCGUCCGCCGCGCCCGGGACGGACGUUCCCCCGCGAGGAGGCGGAACUCUGGCCGAUGGCCCCGCUGCCAGGGGCCGAGCUGGUCCAGACGCCGCUACAGCUCUACCGAUACCUGCUGCGCUGUUGCCGGCGGCUGCCGACCAAGGGCAUCCAGGAGCAUUACAGACAUGCCAUCAGACAGAGUUUCCGAGUUCAUUCAGAUGAAGACAGCCCUGAGAGAAUCCAACAGAUUAUUAAAAGAGCCAUUGAAGAUGCUGACUGGAUCCUGAACAAAUAUAAAAAGCAGAACUGAGCCGCUCCACCAGAGCCCGGCGCCGGGUGGAAGACUCUGAGGUUGUGAGACCCUCUUCUGGAUCCGGACAGGAGCCGCACUAUUGGUUUGGGGGUUCCUAGGGAAGAGUGAGGUGAGGGCAAGGCUGCCUCCUGCCCCGCCGACCUCUCCUCCCCUCACUCACACCAGACCCCUUCCCCCAUUCCCAUCAGACCACCAGGCCUCUCCUCCCCCACCGUGGUGCCCCCACACCCCGAGUCCUUCAUGUGGCUCUUCCUGCUGAUCCAGUGUGGGGAGAAUGUUUUUACUUUGCUCUGAAGAGGGAUGCGGUGUUCAGACCUGGAGCGGCUGUUCCCAGAUGUGCAGAGGACCGGGCACAUCUUGGCUGGCUUCUCGAGGCUGUGGGUCCCGUGGCCCUCCCUGCACUCUCUGUCCGAGCCUGAUCAAGGAAGGAAGAGUGAAAGAUGGAUCACGGUCGGCGCGGCAGUGUGGCAGGGGGCUUCCUGCAAGCCCUCCGAUGGGAUUCAGGAAGACGGAGUUAAAGAACUUGGCGUAUGUGGUGCCGUACCCCAAGGAGACCCCUGGGCCGAGGGGCUCUGUGCACCCCUUACCACUCUCACUCUCACCCUCCUCACUUUGGCACCUCGUCCCGCCCUAGCUGCGGCUCCAAGAACUUGCUGUCUGUCCUGACGGGCCCCUCCCUCUUUGUCACCCCCUUGGAAGGAAAGGACAGUGCUCGAGGUCAGAAUGUCAUUUCGGUCACAGAAGCCUGUCAUCCACGGAGAAAGAGAAGGUUGAGUCUCAUGCCAGUUCCACAGCAGAUGCCCUUGGGUUUCUCGCCUUGUCUCUCCUGCCUGCCGUCUCCCAUCUCACAGGGGAGCAGAGAGGGGCCUGCCUCAGAGGACUGUGGUGAGGAGUCACAGUGAGGAGGGAAACUGAGGAAGCAUUCAAGUAUCUGUUCCGGUGGAGGAAGGGCCUCGAGAAGUGCCUCCUCAGAAGCCCCCGUGGGAGCCUGUGCCAGGGGCACGGCUGACACCUGGGGCUUGAGAGUUCCAGGACUCCCGAGUCUCCAAACAGCACAGGCUGGGGAGCUAAAGGGGAGCAGUGGACGGGGCCAAAAGGAAGGGAAAGGGCAAGCCCAGAGCCCUGGUGAGAGUGAGGAAAGCAGCCGUGCGGGGGACCCCCAACGUCCACCCCACAGCUGGCACAUCAGGCCUUCUGUGUUAUGACUGAACAUAUUGGUGUCCAUGGGUACCCCUGGUGGGUCACACUGGAAUGUGGUUUAAUACAGCCCGAGGCACCAGUGUCCAUGUGCUACAGGGACACAGCCACGUCGGUACCCUAACAGAUACUUUUGGCCCACCAGGAGGCAUGUGCAGCCACUGGAGAAAGCUCUGGAUCUUUUCCAGCACCUACUUGCUCCCUGCAGGCAUUGCUCCUACUGUGUGCUGCCGUCACUCUAGGUGUUGAGUGUGACACAUAGUCACGCCAGGGAUUGGGGAGCAAGAUGAGGCCCAGGUAGGCCUCACAGAGCCCCCCGUGGCCUUAUGGGUCAGGCGCACGGUCUCAUGUGGUCUCAUGUGAGCCUCGUGGGCCCACGUCUGAAGCCUCCCCCUCUGCACCUCACUGUGUGGUGCCUCCGAGAGCUGCAGGGGAUGCCUGGAUCAGAGGAGGAAGGGAGCCUGAGUCCCAGCAGGUGAGGCGUGAGAGAAGGCUGGCCAGGGCUGCGGGCAGUCAGGGCCCUGCCCUUGGCUGGCUUCUAGAGGCCGUGGCUCCCCACACCCUCCAUUCGGUCAGAACUUGAUCUAGAAAGGAACGAAAUCUGUCUUCUUGCUUUCUGCGUGGCCCCACAAACGUGUCCACCCAACAGACGGUCUCUCCCUCUCCCUGCGCUCUGCCUUCUCUCUGCAGGUGCCCACAGCUGCCCUUUCCUGCUGGCCCAGGAGGAUGCAGAAAUCCUGGGUUUUGCCGGACCAUCUUUGGAAUCUUCACAUAAAUCUCCCACACUUAUGUAAUUGUUAUUCCCCCCUCCUUUUCAUCUAUCCAAUGGUAAUUUGUUUGUUCAACCAGCUGAAUAAACAAGGGGAAGGGGAUUUUCCCCCCUCUCUAGAUUG